AUGGUCUCAUCCGAUGGAUGGCUGAGAGUCUGGCGCGCCAACAAGGUCUUUGCUCGCGUUGCUCAAGGCCCGGAUGCCGAGCCUGCUCCGGCGACUCUCUCGCAUGCUGCCCGCUUGCCGGUCACAUCUUCUGCCCACUGGGAACACGUGCUGGUCAUUACUCGUGAUGUGCUCCAUGAGUACACCCUCCCGUGCCGCUCGCUCACUCGCCUGGCAGACGUCCCAAGCAUCGACGGCAUCGUCGGUGCCGACGGCGACACACUCCGUGCCAUCGCCGUCGACACUGGCUCGCCGGUAUUCGCUGUCAGGCUCUCCGGCGCCAUCACCGCCAUUUCCUGCGACGUUGAGACCGGCCUCAUCUUUACGGCUGCAGGCACCGCCCUCGCCGCUUGGGAUGUUGUCGCCGCCUCGGGCGCCGUCUUCAACGUCGCCAAAUACGGUGGGACACGGGCGUCGGUCGCAGGCCUCGCUUAUGAUGCCCUCACCAACACACUCGCCGUCCUCGACACCACGCCGGUCUUGCACCUGUUCGACGCCGCCACAGGUGCAGAGCUCGAUGCCCGGACCGACCUCUACGGCGAGGUCAAUCUCGCCCUGUCCUCCGCCGUCACCAUCUUCCGCGACCCGGCCCGGACUCAUCAGCUCGACGUCUCGUUCCUCGUCGCCUGUGGCCCAGUCAUCUACAACAUCGGCCUCUGGGAGCUGCCGCGCCCGCUCUGUGAGCUUGUCGGGGAGCCGGCCCUCGUCUCGGCAGAGUUUGCUCCGCCCUUUGCCGACGCCCCGCCGCUCACUUUUGUUCACACCGACAACGACAUGCUCUCACUCCUUGAUCCGGCCGAGAGCUACACCCUGGUCGGCCAGUACUCGCUCCGCUCUGCCAUCGGUGGUGCAGCUGCUGCCCACUCUUCUUCCGCGCUUCGCGGCCAGGACGGGUCGUCACUUGUUCUUGCACGCGACUGCAUCUCGUGCGUCACUUGUGUUGAAUGGGCCGAGCACGUCAUCGUCGGCUGCUCCAAUGGCGACGUCGCUCUCUUCUCCUGGCGCUUCCGGAAUCCCGUUCCACCGCCGCCCGCCCUCCCGUACGACCUCGAGCAAACUGCGGUGUACAAGACCAAGACCCAUCGUGCCGCCACAAAGUGCGCCACUCUUGUCGCCGCCCCGCGCGCCCUCUGUCGCAAAUGCCACCUCGUCGCUGAAGCCAACGAGUCGUCGCCGAGCCUUGCACCCCUCGACUCGCCCGAUCCGGUCUCCGAUCUCGUCCACCAUCCGUCCUCGCUCAUUCCCACCAUCUCGACCGCCGACGUCUCGCGCCCGCAGAGCCCGCCGCCAAAGUCCCUUCCGCCGCGCAACACCUCGUUCUCGCUGAAGGCUUCGUCGUCGUUUAUUGUUCGCCUCCGCGAUCGCGGUAACCUUAGCCCUCCGCCCGAUGCCGGGCGAGUUAACUCGCUCGGCACCGCCACCGCUACCCGCUUCCUUGACAAACUUCGUCAGGCCUCAGACUCUCUGGCGGAUGUGAGUGGUGGGCCCAUGCCCAUCUCGUCACGCCUCAAAGCCCAGCGAACCAUCGCCGACACGCGCCUUCGCACCUCGAGCCACUCUUCCUCGCAUUGCUCGUCGCGCGUCUCAUCGCUCUCCUCUGUCGUCUCGCCUCGCCCACCGAAUUCUGCCCGCUCUGUCAACGCGGACACGCUCUCGGGGGCACGCGAUCGAGCCAUGGCAAGUCUGACUGGCGCAACUCGAUUUGUCUCACUCGACAGCACUGACACGCCGUCGGCCUCGCACCCCUCGCUUGCUACCAUCGCCCCAAACAGCCUGGAGAGCAACGGUGACGAUAGGCCCCUGCCGCGCUUUGUCUCGGCUUCGUCUUCUAGUUCCAGUCCCACUCGCGCAUCACCGGUCACCAUCUCGUGCUCGCCGUCGGCUGCCUCGCCUGCAGGUGCCACGCCGACGCUGUACGUCUUCUCUGCAAGUGUCACUGGUCGCGUCUUUGUCUGGUGCAAGCGCUGCCUCCAGCUCCUUGCCGCGCUGUGGCCAUUUGGCGGUGGCGUGACAGACAGCGUUGUCUUGGCCCAGCCGGUCUCUGCCCCGGAGCGCCACGAGUUUCCUUUCCUUCUGCUCAGUUCGUCCUCGCUCGUCUCCAUGGUCUACAUCGCCCCGGACGGCGAAUCGCUGGUGGCCCCAGUUCCGACCUCGCUUAUGCGCUGCCUUCCUGUAGGAGAGUCGGUCUCGGCCGCGCUUGCUUGGGGAGGCAAGAAUCUUAUUGCCGGUUCCAGCUCGGGUCGGGUCGUCGUCGUCGGCCUCGUCUUUAUGGCCGACCGCGUAAUGGUCACCCAGCCGCGGAUGGAGACCAUCAUGCCAGGUGCUCGUCCGGUUCUCUCGGUCGAUGUCUGUGCUUCUACCGCCCACGCCAUGGUCCUCGACGCACGCCACCUCUCGAUCAUCAACGUCCGCUCUGGCGACAUCCUGCGGACGCUUCCACUCAACAUCCCAGUCCUCUCUGCCUACUAUCUCGACGUAGCCGAACACAUCGCCCUCGUCACCAUCCGCGGCCUCCUCCUUGUUUACCCGCACCACUUUUCGUCGUGCUCGCACCUCCUUCGCGCCGCAGAAGGCAUUCCCGAUCCGUCGAGCGAUGCUGCCGUCGAAGCUGACCCGCUCUUUCGCAAGCUUCCCUCGCGCGUCAUUGCGGCCGACCUGUACAACAAGCUCUACGAGCUUGCUUACACCCGCUCGGUCACCCACUCUUCCUUCGGCACCAUCGACGCCAGCGCUGUCUUUCUUGCCCAUCCACUCACUUGCUCCACUAAUGACCUCUUCCGCAAGUGGGAGACCCGCUCAGUCUUUGGCCCGCACAUCCGCUCCGGCGCAUCAACCCUCGGCGUCGGUGUCUCCAUCGAUGACCUCUCCAAGCUUGAUCGAUGGGCCAUCAAGGCCACUGCCGAGGCGCCGCCCUCUGCCCCGUCCCACAUCGCCACCAUCGUCGACAGCGAUGAUGCAGACGCCGCAAUGGAGCGUCUUGGUCUUGUUGCGCCUGUUGUUGACACUGUUGCCUCUAUUUACGGUCUCGACUCGGCUAACGUCACGCCGCGCUCGUCGCUGCCACUCCGCCCACGCCGCGCCCGUCCUCCACUGGAAAGCCAAGACAAGCCCUCACUAACGGUCGCCGAACUGGUUAGCUCGAUGAGUCCGGACGCCGGCCGCUCGACCUCGCCACACCGGCCCUCGCCCUCGGUCGUCUCUCUGCACCAGUCAACCCCGCACGCUCGCAAGUUGCCUCAGCUCCACUCGUCGGCUUCGCCCACCUUUGUUCCGGCGCGGGCCUCGUCGCCGACAUCGCCGGCCUCACCCAGCCGGCCGCGCCUCGACCGGUGUUGACCUGACAUGCAUGUGUGUUCAAUGAAGGCGUUACAC